UGAUUAUCGAUCUGGAAUCUGAACGGUUUCCAUGUCAAUUAGCAGCACUCAAACUCAAUGACGUGUUAACUCCGCCCAUUAUGCAAAUUAACGGAUACCUUUCCGGAAGAAAAAAAAAUUGCUGGCGAGUUUCUUUGGUAAUAAAUGUUCCUUACCGCUAAAAACGGCCCUUUUCGCCUAUAACAUCUCUUUUCGAAAUUUAGAGCAGCGCCUUGACUGGUUUUAAAUUUUCCGAUAAUCGGAAUCAUUAUCUUACGAUUCGGCGUAUUUGUUUAUUCAACAUUGCCGACAUAUUGACACGAUUCUGAACCAUGACCUGUGACGUCAGGCUCGUGAUCAAUUAAAUAUAGUUGUAUUAUUGGUAGUUAAUUAUAACUUGCAGAAUUGUUUCCACGAGGAAAACGAGACAGGAAUGCCAACAAACCUGCGCAGUCAACGUUUUUUUACAUCUUUGAUACCAAUGACCUUAUUUCGCGAUUUUCCAAAAUUCUUAAAAUAGUAACAUAGUGUGUUUUUUUUAGUGCAUUGUAUUUAGCGAUGUUAAUACUUCAUGGAAAUAAAUUUUUAGGAAAUAAACAAGCAACAGAUAUGAAAAUAAAUGACCCUACAUUACAAGUACUUAAAAUUGCGUAUCUAUGAAGCUAUCGAUCGUGGAUCUCGAUUCAGUGAGAUUCUGAAUUGUUCUUCAAAAUGAAAGAGGUUCUCAGAUGUUUGUUGUUAGUGCUGAUGCACCUGGUGCUGGUUACUUCCACUCAAGAUAAAGAUGCAGAAUGGACAAUUGAGAGCAACAUCACAGUGGCUGAAGCAGUUCAAAUGCUAGCAUCUAGUAAUUACAGUAGUGUGCUGAUGGAAAAUCUCCGGAACCAUGACUUCUCAAAGGAUCAGUAUCAGCAACUGCUGCUUACUCUGCCUCCAACGAACCCUAAUGGGGAAGGAAGUACUGGUCCAAUGACAGCAAAGCACAUGUUUGCUGAAGCCUAUGUGAGAGAAGUUGGUGGCUAUUCCACAUUAACAUAUGAAGAUUUGGAGUUCUGGGGGAAUAGAGCUAUUGUAGAACUACCUGCACAAGCCUACGACACAAUGAAAAAGGACACAUUCCUAGCUCUUGUUGACCUUAUGUAUGCAGAAACCAAGAAGUCUGCUGAUUAUUGCCAGCAAAGGAAGAAUAUGGGACCAGAUGGUAAUGGGGAACAGUAUACGGACCAAAAUGGUAAUGGGGGGCAGAAUAUGGACCAAAAUGGUAAUGAGACACAGACUAUGGACCAAAAUGGUAAUGAGACGCAGAAUAUGAACCAAAAUGGUGAUGGGGGGCAGAAUAUGGGACCAAAUGGUGAUGGGGUACAGAUAGACUAUGCAAUUCUUAGUAGCAGCAUGAUGAGUGAUUUACCUGUGCAUUUGAGUAAAAUGUGCAAAAGAAUUUCUGCCAUCUACAAACCCCAAAAAGAUACAAAAUACUCUGAGAAAGAUAUUCAGCGGCUCCUUGUUUUUCUUAUUUGUUUACCACAAGCAGUGUGUAAGGCUAUCCCAGCAGAGUCAAUAUUCUCUAAUAUGCCACUGGUGUCUCAAACACCAUUUUACUGCAGUCCAUCUUUUCCUCCUGAAAUACUUGAGGGUUUUCGAGAAAUGCAAAGUUCCAAAGCAUGUGCCACUGCCUUGAUUGACAACCUUUCAUCUGGAUCAAAUCCACUUGUUAAUCUGGAUGCUGUGGAUAGUAAAGAAGAAGUUGAAAAGCUGGGACCAAUGACAGCAUGCCUUCGUGACGAUGUACUGAUUGGGGUUAUUGAUAAAAUUCCCUGUGAUCAGGUCAUAGGAGGUGUUGGUUUUUUUCCUGCAGCGGCUAGCAACUAUAUUCUGAGGAAAUGCUACACAUUGCCUACUGACUACAGUAACAUUACCUGCGAAGUUUUGGACCAAGGCAGAGAAUAUCCAAGUCUCCUGUCAUAUUUACCAAGUGCCUUCUACAGGAACAUGCCUGCAAACAUCACCUGUGAUCCAGCAUGUUCAACACUUUUUUCAACUGGAAGACAAAAGCCAGAAUUCUAUGAUGGGAUAAUUAUGGAGAAAUGUUAUGCAUCUAGCGAUGUAAAGCUGGACAGUGCUGCAGUAGCCCAGAUGGGAUCCAUGGUGGCUGAACUUCCUGUGGACAAGAUUGAGGAAAUCUCUGCAGCUGACCUUGUCUCGAACAUGGACACCAUUAAGAAGGGAUUGAAGAAAAAAAACAAGGGAAAAGGCAGUCGAAAUAAAAAUGCUAUAAGGCAGAUAAUGAAAAAAGUGGCUUUGGAAAAGGGUGAUGUGUCUGCUAUGUCUGACUGUCAGACUUGCAUGGAAACGCUUUCUCUCAAGGAUCUCAAAAAUUCUGUCAGUGACCCUGCACAGAUCAUUGUCAAACUGGGCAUAGACAAGCAUGAUGUUCAACUAACUGAUUCUCAGGCGAAAUUUGUUGCCAAAAAACUGAUGAAGGAUGGCACCAACCGUACAGCAGAUGAUUUUAGGCAAAUGAAGUCGUUGGUGAAGGGCCUUAUGUCAGCUGACAUAAAAAAGAUUGCCACAGAGAAUGCUGACAGUCCUGAAGGCAUGGAGAUCGCCAAAGUCUUUUGCGAGCAGUCCUCAUGGCCCACCAAAACAUUGAUGUCCAUACGCAAUGAGCUGAUUCUGAAAGGCCUACAAAUGCGUAAUGCCACAGCACCGAUGGGGACUCUAUCCAAGCUAGAUGUUGAAAGCUUUGGAUGUGAAUGCAUGAUGAAUUUUGAAGCUGAUGACAUGCUUGCUAUGGAGCCAGAUGUAUGCUGGGAUGUUUGUAUCAAGGUGGGCCAGUGUGAUAACCUUGUACACCUCAACCCUAGACACAGGAAGAACUUCCUCUAUGCCUGCAUGAAGUGCAAGGACCUGAACCCAAAGAGUUUUACAGAAGGUACUAUAACAGAUCUUGGGCCUGCUCUUUUGUCCAAGCUGACUUCUACCCAGUUGAGCUCCAUCCCCAACAGCGCUUUCCCAGCCAUAUACCCGUACUUGUCUACAAUGUGUAUGAACUGGGCCCUUCAUAGAGCUGCAUCAUCCAAGAUCUCCUCAGUUGUUUCUGGACAAGGUGGAAAACUGCCAGUGGAGGACAUGUACAAGCUAUCUGGAGCCAUGUAUCUCCUCUCAUCUGCACUGCAAAGGAGUCUUGAUAAGAUGGAACUAUACAGCAUGGCAGAGCAGAUUCUAACCAACUUGGUGCCCCAGGAUGCCAACCAGCAGUAUUUCAGAGACAGCUGUGAGAAAUGGCUCUCAGGCUCAGACCUCACAAAUAUCCAAAAAAUGAAGUUCCAGUUCAUGGUAACACUGAAGAAUGCCAUGAUAUCCUCAUACAGCAUCUCCAAAAGAAGAAAGAGGUCAACCUCAGGUGGAUUUAGCUGGACAUGUGAUAAUGUUCAGGCCUACGGAGAACUCUUCCUGACUGCAACUGAUUCGGAGAUCAUGGGAAUGGACAAUGACGAGUUCAAGAUUUGUCUGUCUGACAUUGGCUUGAUGGACUGGACAGCCAAGCAAAAAACAACCUGGAGGUCCAAACUGCUCAGUGCAUAUUCUGUGUCGACUGUCUGUGAUGUACCAGACAAAACCAACUUUGGAACCCUUGUCCAGGCUUUCACCAAGGAGGAAAUAGCUUGCCUUCCACUAAGUGACACCACCAUGGUUGCUUCUCUAGGCAGUCUGAAUGGAUGGACUGCAGAUCAGAUUACGGCUCUAGCAAGUGGAUACCUGACAGCAUCAGGGAAUACAAGCCUGUCAGCAUCUACGGACUCCGAUGUUGCCAUGCUUGGCGCCAUUAUGUGUGGAUUUGAAACAUCUGUCAUUGCCACCUUGCCUGCUACUGUUUUAGUGGCGAGUGGUGCAACAUUCUCCAUGUACGAGAGCUGCGAUACUGACCGGCUUGCUGCCCUGAAGGGGGUGGCAAUACAUGUAGAUGCCUAUGGCCCCGUAGCUAGCUGGACUGCUGCUAGCGUCUCUGAGCUCAAGUACAUUUUUGGAGGGAUAAGUGCCGAAGACAUGCCCACCCUUAGUGUGGAAGCUAUUGAAGGUGUCAGCCCUGAUGUAAUUCCUUUAAUACCUGGAACUGUCCUAAAGGCUAUGACUUCUGAUCAGCUAGGAGCGUUCACAGAUGCCCAGGCAGUGGCAGUGACCUCUAGCCAGAAGAUGGAGAUGUCAGAGGAACAGCAGGCCAAGCUGGAUGAUCUGUCGACACUUGGGCAGGAGGCACUUGGGGACCCGGAGGUUGGGGUUGACAGUAGUAGUGCUAGCAUGUUGGUUGCAAACAUCUUGCUGCUGUGUUUCCUGGCGCUCCAUGUGAUUGGUGGCUUAUAAAGUGGUUGCAUGUUUGAGCUGACAGUUUAUUCUUAUUUUUAGCUCACCUGUCACGUAGUGACAAGGUGAGCUUUUGUGAUCACUCUUCGUCCGUCGUCCGUCCGUCCGUCCGUCCGUCCGUCCGUUCACAAUUGCUUGUGAACACAAUAGAGGUCACAAUUUUGACCUAAUCUUUAUGAAACUUGGUCAGACUGAUCAUCUCUAUAAAAUCUAGGUCAAGUUCGAUAUUGGGUCAUACGCAGUCAAUAACUAGGUCACUAGGUCAAUUAUUAGAAAAACCUUGUGAACAAAAUAGAGGUCACAAUUUUAGCCUUAUCUUAAUGAAACUUGGUCAGAAUGAUCAUCUUAACAUAAGCUAGGUCAAGUUCCAUAUUGGGUCAACCCAGGUCAAAAACUAGGUCACUAGGUCAAUUAGUAGAAAAACCUUGUGAACACAAUAGAGGUCACAAUUUUAGCCUAAUCUCAAUGCAACUUGGUCAGAAUUAUCAUCUCUAUAAAAUGUAGGUCAAGUUCGAUAUUGGGUCAUCCGCGUUCAACAACUAGGUCACUAGGUCAAUUAGUACAAAAACCUUGUGAACACAAUAGAGGUCACAAUUUUAGCCUAAUCUCAAUGCAAGUUGGUCAGAAUAAUCAUCUCUAUAAAAUCUAGGUCAAGUUCGAUAUUGGGUCAUCCGCAGUCAAUAACUAGGUCACUAGGUCAAUUAUUAGAAAAACCUUGUGAACACAACAGAGGUCACAAUUUUGACCUAAUCUUUAUGAAACUUGGUCAGACUGAUCAUCUCUAUGAAAUCUAGGUCAAGUUCGAUAUUGGGUCAUCUGGGGUCAAAAACUAGGUCAGUAGGUCAAUUAGUAGAAAUACCUUGUGUACACAUUAGAGGUCACAAUUUUAGCCUAAUCUCAAUGCAACUUGGUCAGAAUGAUCAUCUCUAUAAAAUCUAGGUCAAGUUCGAUAUUGGGUCAUCCGCGGUCAAUAACUAGGUCACUAGGUCAAUUAGUAGAAAAACCUUGUGAACACAAUAGAGGUCACAAUUUUAGGCUUAACUCAAUUCAACUUGGUCAGAAUGAUCAUCUCUAGAAAAAUAUAGGUCAAGUUCGAUAUUGGGUUAUUCGCGAUCAAUAACUAGGUCACUAGGUCAAUUAGUAUAAAAACCUUGUGAACACAAUAGAGGUCACAACUUAAGCCUAAUCUAAAUGUAACUUGGUCAGAAUGAUCAUCUCUAUAAAAUCUAGGUCAAGUUCGAUAUUGGGUCAUUUACCGUCAAUAACUAGGUCAAUAGGUCAAUUAGUAGAAAAACCUUGUGAACACAAUAGAGGUCACAAUUUUAGCCUAAUGUUAAUGCAACUUGGUCAGAAUGAUCAUCUCUAUAAAAUCUGGGUCAUGUUCGAUAUUGGGUCAUCCGCAGUCAAUAACUAGGUCACUAGGUCAGAUAUUAGAAAAACCUUAUGAACACAAUAGAGGUCACAAUUUUAGCCUAAUCUUUAUGAAACUUGGUCAGACUGAUCAUCUUUAUAAAAUCUAGGUCAAGUUCCACAUUGGGUCAUCCGCGGUCAAUAACUAGGUCACUAGGUCAGAUAGUAAAAAAACCUUGUAAACACAAUAGAGGUCACAAUUUUAGCCUAAUCUUAAUGAAACUUGGUCAGAAUGAUCAUCUUAACAUAAGCUAGGUCAAGUUCUAUAUUGGGUCAACCCAGGUCAAAAACUACAGGUGAGCGAUACAGGGCCAUUAUGGCCCUCUUGUUUAUUGUUAUAGUUUGAAAUAAAGUAUGAUUUCUGAAACAUUAAUUGUUGUUUAUUUUAGGAGUGUUUAUUAAACCU